AAGUACAACAGCGUUUUUUUUUUUUUUGACGGAAAGUACAACAGCGUUGUUUCCUAUUGUAAUUGGAAUUGCGACUAUGAAUAUGCAAUCAGCUACCUUGCCGAAGUUCUUCCACAAUGAUCUCAUCGGAGAGAUUUUCUCCGCUCUUCCCUCGAAAUCUGUUCUUCGAUUCAGGUGCGUUAGCAAGUCUUGUGACACUCUCAUUUCUGAUUCAACCUUUGUGAAAUUGCAUCUCAAGAAAUCAAAAGCACGAGAUCCCCUCUUCACACUAAUCUCUCAGCACUUCACACAUAUCCCAGGCGAAUCCCCUUAUGGCAGUGAUGAUGAAACUGAGAUGGAUUACACUGUUGUUCCAUACUCCAUAAAUAGUUUAAUCGAGAACACAUCUUUCAACCUUACAGUUGAUCCUUACUAUGAAUUGAAGAACAAAGGAUGCUCUCGUAUAGUUGGUACCUGCAAUGGUUUGAUCUGUUUGGCUGCCGAUUCUUACACCCAUGAAUAUACACAGUACUGCUUCUGUUUAUGGAACCCAUCCACUAAGAAAAUAUCUCAUAAAUUUGGAAAUUUUAGUGAGUUUAACUUUCCCAGAUCUGCUGAUUUUGGUUUCGCGUUUGGUUGUGAUGAUUCAACGGACAUUUAUAAAGUGGUAGCGUUCCGUUACCUUCGUGAUCAAUUGAAAAGCGAGGUGAGAGUUCUCAAUCUUGGUGAUGAUGUUUGGAGAAAUAUUGAAAGUUUUCCUUUAACUCCUCUUUGUUUGAGCCAUGGUGACAAUCAUGUGUAUUUGAGUGGCACUAUUAAUUGGUUGGCUAUCCAUGACGAAUAUUGGUAUAAUGUUAGCAAUGUUAAGGAUAUUACUGUUGACCAAUUUGUUAUUGUUUCACUUGAUUUGGGGACUGAGACAUACAAUCAAUAUCGACUGCCUCCGAGUUUUGAUGAGGUGCCACCUGCACGACCAAUUGUUGGUGUGUUGGAGGACUGCCUUUGCUUUUGUUAUUGUUACAAGGAAACUGAUUUUAUUGUUUGGCAAAUGAAGAAAUUUGGGGUUGAAGAUUCUUGGACUCAAUUCCUUAGAAUUAGUUACCAUAGUCUUCAAAUUGAUUAUGACUAUAGUUUCGAAUAUACAAAGUAUAAAUUUCAAUUGGUGCCAUUGCUUCUUUCUGAGGAUGGCGAUACAUUGAUAAUGAAAUGCAGUCAAGAACACCAAGCAAUUCUCUAUAAUCGGAGAUGUAAUACAGUAGAGCGAACAAACAUUACUACAAGUAGAAGAACUAUUACUGAUGAUAGAUCUGGAGAUCAUGUAAACUGGGAAUGGAUCAAGAAUUAUGUUGAAAGCUUAGUUUCAAUUUUUUGAAACUUCUUGGAUUGACGGAGGAAGAAAUCAUCCAGAAGCACUUCAAAUGUUUUGAGGAAUGAACUUAGGUCAAACUCAAAGAUGAUGUUGGAGGAUAGCAAGAAGAUGAUUUAUAAAAGCUGAAAGAAAACUACAUAAGCAAGAUUAAUUGUUCUGUGUUUCACUACAUGCGAAAGACAUACUGUGUAUGUGAAUUGGGAUUAGUUUAAUGUAGGAAAUUAAUUUCUUUAGACAAUUUCUUGAGAGAAUUCUUACGCAAAAGUUAUUCUGCAAAACUGAUUAGCACUUUCAAGAUAUAUUUUGACUUUUGUUGCUCCUGUGUUAUAUGCUAUGACCCUCAUUUCUUGCAACUGAUCUUAGAAUUUCAA